CUACGGGUCGCCUGAUUGGUGGAUGCGGGGCCCUUUAGCGCGGCGAGUUUGAAACUGCUCGCACUUAGCUUCAGAGCUGGGUCUGGGAAGUUGAGGACCAAGCGACGCCGACGUGGUCGCCGCCGCCGCUUUCGCCGCGGGGUCGCUUGCCGGCAUCUGCCAUAACUGUUGAUUGACUAUGGAUGACUAUACCAAAAUAGAGAAAAUUGGAGAAGGUACCUAUGGAGUUGUGUAUAAGGGUAGACACAAAACUACAGGUCAAAUAGUAGCCAUGAAGAAAAUCAGACUAGAAAGUGAAGAGGAAGGGGUUCCUAGUACGGCAAUUCGGGAAAUUUCUCUAUUAAAAGAACUUCGUCAUCCAAAUAUAGUCAGUCUUCAAGAUGUGCUCAUGCAAGAUUCCAGGUUAUAUCUCAUCUUUGAAUACCUUUCCAUGGAUCUAAAAAAAUACUUGGAUUCUAUCCCUCCUGGUCAGUUCAUGGAUGCUGCACUUGUUAAGAGUUAUUUGUACCAAAUCCUACAAGGGAUUGUGUUUUGUCACUCUAGAAGAGUUCUACACAGAGACUUAAAACCUCAAAAUCUAUUGAUUGAUGACAAAGGAACAAUUAAACUGGCUGAUUUUGGCCUUGCCAGAGCUUUUGGAAUACCUAUUAGAGUAUAUACACAUGAGGUGGUCACACUUUGGUAUAGGUCUCCAGAGGUGUUGCUGGGGUCAGCUCGCUAUUCGACUCCAGUUGACAUUUGGAGUAUAGGCACCAUAUUUGCAGAAUUAGCAACUAAGAAACCACUCUUCCAUGGGGAUUCAGAAAUUGAUCAACUCUUCAGGAUUUUCAGAGCUUUGGGUACCCCCAACAAUGAAGUGUGGCCAGAGGUGGAGUCUUUACAGGACUAUAAGAAUACAUUUCCCAAGUGGAAACCAGGAAGCCUAUCAUCCCAUGUCAAAAACUUGGAUGAAGAUGGCUUGGAUCUUCUCUCGAAAAUGUUAGUAUAUGAUCCUGCCAAACGAAUUUCUGGCAAAAUGGCACUGAUUCAUCCAUAUUUUAGUGAUUUGGACAAUCAGAUUAAGAAGAUGUAGUUUUCUGACAAGAAUUUCCACAUGUUGUAUCAAGAACAGAUAGUUAUAUUUUUACUGUCAACUCUAUUUUUGUCUUGUGUAUUUUUGUCUUCUUUGUUGUAAAACUUAAGCUAUACUUCAUCUUCUAACUUCAAAGUUGUAACUUAAAAAUGUAAAUAUUAUUCUAUAUGAAUUUAAAUAUAAUUCUGUAUAUGUUUGCAGAUCUCACUGUAACAGCUAUUUCUUACUAUAAUAAAA